CACCCUAUCCAUUCUUCCUCUGUCCCCCCAAAACACAUUUCUUUCUUUUCUUGCUUUCCUACCUUCUCGCUCGCUUGCGUGUCCCCGUCCAUUCCUCAGCACUAACCCUCUCUUUCCCCCCAACAAUGCCGCCGUGGAGGCACCGUGCGCGCGGCCACCGGCGGUGCUAGAUCCGCGGCAAAGCAGAGCGACGCGCGCCCAAGGUACCGGGCGCGGACCUCGAGCAGCGGCGGCGGCGAAGAAGAAGAAGAAGGCGCAGGAGGAGGCGUGGCCGCCGCGACAGGCGGGGGCGUCCAAUGCACGAGCACGCCCGCGUCAGGGCCUGGGAGGCGACCGUGCGCAAGGUGCAGCAUCCCCAGCCCGUGGGCCGGCGCCGGGUGUCCCCGAUGUCGGCCGCGGAGGACUCCGAGACGGCGUCCUCGUCGGGGGGCGGCGACGACGGCCAGCACGUGCACGGGUACGUGGAGCGCGACCACCCCAACGGCGACUUCUACACGGGCCAGUGGCGCGGCGGCGCUCCUCAUGGGGCGGGGAAGUACCUGUGGACGGACGGGUGCAUGUACGAGGGGGAGUGGCGGCACGGCAAGGCCACUGGCCGGUGCAAGUUCUCCUGGCCGUCGGGCGCCACCUACGAGGGCGAGUUCAAGGACGGGUUCAUGGACGGCUCCGGCACCUACACCGGCGCCGCCGGGGACACCUACAGGGGGUCCUGGUCCAUGAACCUCAAGCACUGCAACGGCACCAAGAGCUACGCCAACGGCGACCAGUACGACGGCGAGUGGCGUGCGGGGCUGCAAGACGGCACCGGCCGCUACACCUGGCGGAACGGCACCGAGUACACGGGGCAGUGGCGCGCGGGGCUCAUCCACGGCCGCGGCGCGCUUGUCUGGUCCAACGGCAACCGUUACGACGGCGGGUGGGAGGAUGGCUGCCCGCGCGGCCAGGGAACCUUCCGCUGGGCCGACGGCAGCGUCUACGUCGGCUACUGGACGCGCGACAGCCCCACCGGCAUUGUCCAGCAGAAGGGAGUCUACUACCCGUCCCCGGCGGCGUCCUCCCCGACGGCGCGCGAUCCCCGCGACGUGUUCGCGAGAGACCUGCCCACCUUUAUGGGCACCAGCUCCAACUCGGCGUCGCCGCGCAAGUCACGGACGUCGUCGGUGAACAUGACGACCAACGGGCGGGCGAGCUCGGUGUCCGGGCUGAGCAACAGCUCCGGCGGCGACAGGAAGUACGACAAGAUUUGCAUUUGGGAGUCUGACGGCGACAUCACGUGCGACAUUGUGGACGGGCCUGCCUUGGGGGACGAGGCAGUGUCCGUGCGGAGGAGCGUGUGGACGGACGACGGCGGUGAUGACCAGGGGCUGCUGCCGUCAUCGCCGGCGCCGCACAUCACCCAGUGGGUGCCUCCGCGGGAGGCGAAGCGGCAAGGGGAGACCAUCGCCAAGGGUCACAAGCACUACGAGCUCAUGCUAAACUUGCAGCUCGGGAUCAGGCAUGCAGUGGGGAAGCAAGGCCCAGUUGUGCUUGAGCUGAAAUCGUCGGCUUUUGACCCAAAGGAAAAAGUAUGGACAAAGUUCCCUCCUGAAGGCUCAAAAUACACCCCUCCACACAAUUCUUGUGACUUCAGAUGGAAGGAUAACUGCCCACAGGUGUUCCGGACACUGCGCAAGCUGUUCAAGGUGGAUGCUGCUGAUUAUAUGUUAUCCCUAUGUGGAAAUGAGGCUCUCCGGGAGCUUUCAUCUCCUGGUAAGAGCGGAAGCUUUUUCUACCUCACAAACGAUGAUCGGUACAUGAUAAAGACAAUGAAGAAAUCUGAAGUGAAGAUGCUUCUGAAGAUGCUCCCAGCUUAUUACAAUCAUGUCCGGGCAUUUGAAAAUACUCUAGUUACCAAAUUUUUUGGUUUACAUUGUUUCAAGUUAGCUGGAGCAAAUCAGAAGAAGGUCCGUUUUGUCAUAAUGGGAAAUCUAUUCUGCUCAGAAUAUCCUAUUCAUAGGCGUUUUGAUCUGAAAGGCUCAUCUCUUGGCCGCACAACUGAUAAGCCACAUACAGAGAUCGAUCAGUAUACAACUCUGAAAGACCUGGAUCUGAACUUCAUCUUUAGACUGAAUAAGCAAUGGUUUCAAGAGUUCCAAAGGCAAGUAGACAGGGAUUGUGAAUUCCUUGAGCAGGAGAAAAUUAUGGAUUACAGUCUUCUGGUUGGCGUACAUUUCAUAGAUAAUAGAGAGAAGCUUCUGACUGAAGGUUCCAUUGACUAUGAUAUCAACAACAUACUGGCAACUCGUCUUUCAAGAGGAAAUGCAGAUCAGUUUCUUGCUGAUUCAAACAGGUGUCCUAAAAUCAAACUUGGGGCAAACAUGCCUUCAAGAGCUGAACUCACUGCUCGGAAGAGUGAUUGUGAACUGCAGCUGAUUGGGGAGCCAACUGGAGAGUACUACGAUGUUAUAUUGUAUUUUGGAAUCAUAGACAUACUCCAAGAUUACGAUAUCAGCAAGAAGCUUGAGCAUGCAUAUAAGUCUUUCCAGUAUGACCCAACUUCGAUAUCAGCAGUGGAUCCGAAGCAGUAUUCUAGACGUUUUAGAGAUUUCAUAUACAAAGCGUUUCAAGAAGAUGGAUAGACAGCUGAAGACACGUUGAAACUUUAGAGCUCAUGCAGCCUCCAGGUGCAAUGAACUUUCAAAUGUCAAAAGCAAGCUCAAGCCAGGCACGAUGCAGCUGGUUAUCCACACUCAAAAGGAUGACUGGCGAGUCAGUAGUGGAAGCCACUGAGUGGCAGAGUUGUUCGAAAAGCCGUUAUCAUUGUUUUCCAGAAAUCGUCUGGCGCUCAUGUAUAUACAUUGAGGCGUAUACAUA